AUGCCUCUCCCCAUCAGGAUUCCUGAUAACCUUGUUUUGGUUUUAAGGAAAGAUCGUUUAUAUUCACACAACUUAAGCAAGAAGAACUACUUCAAAGUGAUUAAGGGAAAGACUGCCCUAUUUGAAGAAAAGAAUUACAACUUCAGGCCUGAGGCUAGUGAAGAAGCUAAACGAUACUACUUGAGAGGCAAUGUCAGGGAAAAAGUUAAUUCAAGAGCCAAUGCUAGGGGAAAGAUUAACUCAGAACCAGUUAUCAUGUGCAUUUAUGAUGGUCCUCUUGUGUAUACAGAGAGUUUGGCAUCCAUUGAUUUGAUAUAG